UGUUGGCGGCAACUUCAAUAUGGGGAAAACAAAACAACCUAAAAAAUAUUCUGAAGAAAACUCAAAAGAAAACAAAAAGACCAAACAAAGAAAAAAGAAGUUAACAGAUGAAAAUGAUGGACGUGUACAUAUAAAAUGGGCAGUGAGCCAAGAUCAAACAGAGAGACUUUACAGUGAACUUGGUGUAGAGAAUAUUUCCGAUGAGAGCUCCGAUAGCUGUUACGCCUUAGAGUUAACACCAGCUGUUACAGUUAACAAAGAUAAACCAGUCGCUCCAUGUGCUCCAAGAAUACUGCUUCCAAGCCAAAAGCCAAACCUAAACCACAGUUACACAUCUGAUGACGUAGAACUUAUAUCUCCCUUGUCAACACCAAAUAACAAAAAAUUUCUUCAUUAUUGCCAUGACGAUAAUGAUGAUGAUGUUGAUGAAGACAGUCAGUAUGAUUAUUUUGCAGAACUGUCAGAUGAAGUUAUCUUAAACAUAUUUAAAUGGCUACCACGUUUUACUUUAGCAAAAUGUGCUCGGGUUUGUCAUCGAUGGAGUAGACUUGUUGCUGAUGAUCACCUUUGGAAGAGAAUUGACCUUUCAAACAGAACCUUGUCACCAGGUGUACUAGGAAAUGUUUUGCGACGAGGAGUGCAGAUUCUGAGAUUAGCUAAAUCUGAGAUUGAAGGUCCUGUAUUUAUUUGUUCUCCGAAGGUACUCAGUUUUACAAGAUUAAGCAGAGUACAGUACUUAGAUUUAAGUAUGGCUUCCAUUACAACUCCAAUUCUACAAGAAUUAUUAUCUGUAUGCACCCAUCUUAAGAAGCUCAGUUUAGAACAUUGUCCGCUCAAUGAUGAAAUUUGUCGUUAUAUAGCAGAGAACAAGAACCUAGAAGUUAUCAACAUGAGCAUGUGUCAAGGAAUCACUGUAAAUGGUCUUAUGCCUAUAUGUAACAACUGUACAAGAUUAGAAUCAUUGAACGUUGCCUGGACAGGUAUACACAGACAUAGUGUAGUUUAUCUUUCUCUUUGUUUACCUCAGUCUAUAGAAAAGCUCAAUAUCAGUGGUUGUAGAGAGAAUAUUACAGAUGAAGAAAUUUUACAGUUAGUGAAAAGAUGUUACAGAUUAAGAGAAUUAGAUUUAAGUGACUCAACAGUUAUUACUUGCAACAGCAUUCGUUAUUUAACUCAGCAUUUGAAGAGAUUAGAAUACAUAGCUUUAAGCAGAUGUUAUCGUAUAUCUCCAACUACUAUACCAGAAUUACAGAACAUUUUAUCAUUAAAUGUGGUGGAUGUGUUUGGAAUGUUAAGGAACCAGGCAUUACAACAACUGAGACAGGCUAUUAGUGUAGAUGUUAACAAAUAUCCAUUCUCCAGCAUUGCCAGACCUACCACAGGAGUCAGGAGAACCAGUAUAUGGGGGAUACCCGUCAGAGACAAUAUUUUGUGAUGCAGGUCUGCACAUUAGGUACAUAACCAGUCAGAGACAUUAUGAAAAGGUCUAUACAAUAAAAAGUAGAUUGUCAAUAUCAGGAAGAGAAAAUGUCUGUGUAGUAAAAUACGGUGGAUAUAUGUUGGUGAAAAUAUUUAAUGAUAUAAGUUUGUGUGACUGGAUCCAUGUCCACUAGUACAAUAUAGGAUCAGAUCAACAGGAUAAGCAAUACUGGUUUUACCUUAUUCAAAUUUGAGUUGUCUCCUCUUGAUUAAGUCCACUUUGAUUGACUUGGUAAUUUAUCACCAUGUGUCAGUUUGGAGAUAAACAGAGAGAACUGCAGUUAAAAGUAUACAUGGGAUUCCAAUCAGGGACAAUAUUUUAUAAUGCAAGUCUACAUAGUGAAAAGUUUACAGGGGAUACCAGUCGGUGGCACUAUUUUAUAAUACCAAGUCUACAUAGUGAAAAGUUUACAGGGGAUACCAGUUGGGGGCACUAUUUUAUAAUACCAAGUCUACAUAGUGAAAAGUUUACAGGGGAUACCAGUCGGGGGCACUAUUUUAUAAUACCAAGUCUUCAUAGUGAAAAUUUAUUUGAAGAAAACAAUGAGAAACGAUAUGUCUUAUGUAGGUUUCUAUAAUGAAGAAGCAAGAAUAUAAGGGUUCUGUAUGGAUCAGGUCCACAUAAUGUAGGAGAACUGGUAUACAUUACCUUAGUGUACAUAUCAGUACAUUUUUGUGAAAUGCUACAUUUUAUGUCACUAUAAGUCUAUCAGGGUUACUAGUAUUCCAUAUAUACAUAGUGUUUAAAUCAGGGAUUUAUAUUCUUUAUGAUGGCAUGCAUUUUCACAUUGAGGCCAAGACACAGGUCAAGAUAUGUUUUAAAUGUUGACCAAUG